AUGGCCCUUCCGCUGCCGAAAGCAGACUUCAUAGGCACGCUAUUCGAGUUGUUGCUUUACGGAAUGUAUUUUGUGUCAUUUUGCCAGUUCCUUCGCGUGCUCUAUGUAAGGCACCAGGCGGGUCGACCGAUACUACUCUUCCUUACCGUCGCGCUGGUGAUAAUCUCGCUGGUAACGGCGCACCUAGUAAUGCAGAUUCUUCGCAUACUCCAGGCGUUCACAGAUCAUAUGGAUGUGGCGAACGCCCCGGUCACAUACUACUUCAUUACGCUCAGUACGCCUGCGAAGACGUCGAAGACUGCCAUUUAUAUGACGCUGACCCUUGUUUGCGAUGCCCUUCUGGUAUAUCGAGUGUUUGUGGUAUGCGGCCGCAAGUACCCCCCAAUAGUCAUCCCUUCUAUGCUACUAUCUGCCGCCAUAGCAUUAUUCGCGUGGAACUUAUGGGCGCAGCUUAAUUCACCGCAGUCUGUCGACGGUGCAACUGCUCGACUCGACUAUUUUUGUGCCAUUACUCUUGCACUGAAUGUGCUAUGUACAGUCAUGAUCUCAUGGAAAAUUUGGGCCGUUCACAAGAAGCUACCAGGGCCUACCGUGGCGGGAAUCCGCAUCAGGGGCGUCAUUGUUGUUAUUAUUGAGUCAGCCAUGUACUCCUUUGUUCUCAUCGCAAUCCUUGUGACAAGUACCCUGGGAGCAUUCGGAGCAUUCAUAGUCCUUGACUCCAUAUGCCCAAUCAUCGGUAUUAUCUUCUCAGCUGUGAUAGUGCGCGCGUCGAGGGAAUACCACACCGACACCUUCGUGACCGGAGAUACGCCCCUCCAGAUGCCUUCUGAGACGGAUCAAACACACUCAAAUCACUCGGAGACUGUCGCGACGUACCGGGAAGUCUUACAGUGUCUCGCGGUGUCGUACCAGAGGCAGAUUGUGCUCGGGACGCAGGACUUUGCCAGUGGGAACGGGGAGCGCGAAGAGAAAAGUCAACUAGGCACGGAGUCGCAACGUGGAAUAGCGGUGUGCUCGUAG